AUGAUCAUGAUUUGGUCUUUCGUGUUGAUGAGCUUCAUCACCAUCACCAAAGGCAGCUCUAAUCUUGAUCUAAGGCAUCGCUGCCCAGAUCGAGCUUAUUACACUCCUAACAGCCCCUACAAAGCCAACCUCGAUGUUCUCCUCUCUAAUCUUUAUUCCAAUGCCACCCUACACAACGGUUUCUACUACACCACCGUCGGUUCCAACGACACCGUGUACGGCUCGUUCUUGUGCCGCGGCGACGUCUCCCCGGACGUUUGCCGCAACUGCAUUGGAGAUGCCCGGAAAGAGAUACUAGAGAUUUGCCCCAAUGGAACCACGGCUAUGAUUUGGUACGAUAACUGCAUGUUGCGUUACUCGGAGACGUCCAUGUUGGGAAAAUUCGACCAAACGACAUGGUUCACCAUGAAUAACAAGGAUAACGAUACUCAACCGAAUGCGUAUAUGAGGUUAGUGGGGAAAAUGUUGGAUCAGAUAACCGCUCGAGCUUCGACUGGUUUCGACAAGAAAUUUGCUGUGUUAGAAGCUGAUUUUAGUGUGUUUGAGAGGGUGUACGCUCUUGGACAGUGUACCCCGGACCUUUCUAGCGUUGACUGUCAAAUAUGUUUCAGAAGUGCUAUUGCAUUGCUGCCUCGUUGCUGUAAUGGCGCCGUGGGUGCUAGAGCUGUGUACCCAAACUGUUACGUUAGGUACGAGCUCUACCCUUUCUAUAAUCUCUCCGCCGUGGCCACACCGGCGCCGCCUCCUAUCCAUCCUCCUCCGCCAACUAUGCUUCCCAAUUCCGCUAGCAGCAAAGGUAAACUUGAUCUGGAGUCGGUACAAUAUGAAUUCAGUACUAUUGAAGCUAUCACAAAUUGUUUCUCCCUCGAUAAUAAGAUUGGUGAAGGUGGAUACGGUGCUGUUUACAAAGGAAGGCUUCCCAAUGGACAAGAUGUAGCGGUGAAGAGGCUAUCAAGGACUUCAACACAAGGAGUUGCAGAAUUCAAGAAUGAGGUUGCAUUGGUUGCAAAGCUUCUACAUAGAAAUUUAGUAAGGGUGCUGGGAUUUUGCUUGCACGGAGAAGAAAAGAUACUUAUCUAUGAAUUUGUUCCCAACAAAAGUCUUGACUACUUUUUAUUUGAUCCAGUGAAGAAGCAACAAUUGAAUUGGCCCACUCGUUAUAAGAUCAUAGAAGGAAUAGCUCGUGGACUCCUUUAUCUUCAUGAGGAUUCACAUCUCAAAAUCAUACACCGCGAUUUGAAAGCAAGCAACGUGUUAUUAGACGAAGAUAUGAACUCCAAAAUAUCUGACUUUGGCCUAGCAAAGAUUUUUAUGAUUGAUCAAACUCAAGAAAAUACAAGUAGAGUUGUCGGAACAUAUGGGUACAUGGCUCCCGAAUAUGUUAUGCGUGGCUUGUUCUCUGGGAAGUCGGAUGUUUUCAGUUUCGGAGUUCUACUUCUAGAGAUUAUAACGGGAAUGAAAAACAGUUCUUUCCCCAGCAUCAUGGAAUCAACUGGACCUCAAGAUCUUCCUAGCUAUGCUUGGAAGCAUUGGAGGGAGGGCAGACCCUUAGACAUGGUGGAUCAAAGUCUUGGAGGUUUGUAUUCGAGAAAUGAAGUGAUCCAAUGUAUCCAUGUUGGGUUGUUGUGUGUCCAAGAAGAGGUGGAUGAUAGGCCAACAAUGGCGAAUGUUGUGUUGAUGCUGAAUAGUUAUUCUGCUACAAGGAGGACACCUAAUCCACCUGCAUUUUUCACCGGUUUAAGUCAGAUUUUGGCAGGACAAGAGGCGGAUCAAUCCAGAAACAAGCCACAACCAUUGUCAGUGAAUCAAGUUUCCACUUCAGAGCUCCUCAUUGACAUCACCAAAGGUAUCCCUUAUCUUAGUCUAAGAAUUAAUUGCCCAAAAAGAAUUUCUUCUUAUUACUACACUCCUAACAGCACCUAUAAAGCCAACCUUGACCUUCUCCUCUCUAAUCUUUAUUCCAAUGCCACCCGAGACAAUGGCUUCUACCACACCACAGUCGGCGACGGGACUUCCAACGACACCGUGCACGGCUUUUUCUUGUGCCGGGGAGACGUCUCCGCCUACGUUUGCCGCAACUGCAUUGGAGAUGCCCGUAAGGAGAUAUUGGAGCUUUGCGGCGGUGUAACGCCGGCGAUUAUUUGGUUCGAUGAGUGCAUGUUGCGUUACUCGCAGAAGUCCAUGUUUGGGAUAUUAGACACAUCAACCUACUUCAUAACUUCAAACAAGGGUAACAACGAUACACAACCAAAUGGGUUCAUACAGUUGGUGGGAAACAUGUUGAAUCAGUUAAUCCCUCCAGCGUUAUCCAGUGGCUCCGACAAGAAAUUUGCAGUGUUAGAAGCUAAUUUUAGCGCGUUUGAGACGGUGUACGCUCUUGGACAGUGUACUCCCGACCUUUCUAACGAUGACUGUCAGAUAUGCCUCACAAAUGCUAUUUCACUGUUGUCUAGUAACUGUUUUGGAGCCUUAGGUGCUAGAGCUGUGUUCCCAAGUUGUAACGUUAGGUAUGAGAUCGUCCCUUUCUACAAUCUCUCCGCCUUCGGAAGACCAGCACCCACUAUACUUCCCAAUUCCUCUACCACCAAAGGGAAUAAAGGAAAAUCAUCUGCAAAAGUGAUUAUUAUUGCAGCCUCUGUAGUGUCAGUCACUGGGAUACUACUCUUCGUUUUAUGCUUCUAUUUCUUGAAAAUGAGAAGAGCAAAGAAGUCCCGUUCUAAUGUGAAGGAGAAAACUAGUGGUAUGACUGAGAUUCCAACUGAGCAGUCGACACAAUAUGAUUUUAGUACCAUUCAAGCAGUCACAAAUUACUUCUCCCCUGAUAAUAAAAUUGGUGAAGGUGGAUAUGGUGCUGUUUACAAGGGAAGGCUUCCAAACGGGCAAGAUGUGGCAGUGAAGAGGUUGUCAAAAAAUUCAACACAAGGAACUGAAGAAUUCAAGAAUGAGGUUGCAUUGGUCGCCAAACUUCAACAUAGAAAUUUAGUAAAGUUGCUAGGGUUUUGUUUGGAGAGACAAGAGAAGAUACUCAUCUAUGAAUUUGUUCCCAACAAGAGUCUUGAUUACUUUUUAUUUGAUCCAGAGAAAAAACAUCUAUUGAAUUGGUUCAUUCGUUAUAAGAUCAUAGGAGGCAUAGCCCGUGGAAUCCUUUAUCUUCAUGAAGAUUCACAUCUCAAAAUCAUACAUCGUGAUUUGAAAGCAAGUAACGUGCUAUUAGAUGGAGAUAUGAAUUCAAAAAUAUCUGACUUUGGCCUAGCAAGAAUUUUUAUGUUUGAUCAAACUCAUGGGAAUACAAGUAGAGUUAUCGGAACAUAUGGUUACAUGUCUCCGGAAUAUGUUUUGCAUGGCUUGUUUUCGGUGAAGUCGGAUGUUUUCAGCUUCGGUGUCCUACUCUUGGAAAUUAUAACCGGAAAGAAAAACAGUUCUUUGUCCAUGCACUCAACUGGAGCGCAAGAUCUUCUUAGCUAUGCUUGGAAACAUUGGAGGGAGGGCAAAGCAUUAGAGAUGGUGGAUCAAAGUCUUGGAGGAUUGUAUUCGAGAAAUGAAGUGAUCCAAUGUAUCCAUGUUGGGUUGUUGUGUGUCCAAGAAGAGGUGGAAGAUAGGCCAACAAUGGCGAAUGUUGUGCUGAUGCUCAAUAGUCAUUCUGCUACAAGGAAUACACCUAAUCCACCUGCAUUUUUCACCGGUUUCAGUCAGAUGAUUUCGGGAGGAGAAGAGGCGGACCAAUCCAGAAGCAAGCCACAACCAUUGUCCGAGAAUGAAGUUUCCUCAUCGGAGUUGUAUCCUAGAUAAUUUUAAGAAGAUCCUGUGCGGCCUACUGAAUAAAUAGAAUAAUUG